AGUGAGAGGCAGGGGGCAGAGAGGAGGAGGAGUGACAGAAUGAUAGAGUGAAUUAAUUCAACCAUAGCCAGCCCUGAUUGACUCGGCAACAAACUGGCAUGUACAAACACUCACAGUGACACCAAAGCCAUGGAGAGAGAAAAGAGGAAUGACACGUCCUUCUCCAGGAAGAGAAGUUUCACUUUUGGGGCGUAUGGAGGUGUGGACAGAUUCACAUGUGGGGAUGAAACAAGACCUGAAUCUGCAGAAGACAACAUACUGGACAUCCUGGACUCUCCUGCCAGUGAGAGCAAGCCUUUCCUCUCAUCCAGCAGCAACCAGAAGGACACAGAGCUGUUUGAAAUCAUUGAAAAGCUGCAGGGCAGCAGGAUCGAUGAGCAGCGGUGUGAAUUCCCUCUGCCUCUGAAGUCUCAGCUUUUAACAAUAGGUGGAGAACUGCCGCUCAUUCUCCCUUCAAAGUCAGGGGGCUACUGGAUAGACCCCUCACUGGAGAGGCUUGUAGAUGUGAGUCCAACCUCUUCCCACCAUGGCCUUGAUCCAGAGAGCUACGACAUCAUGGAAAGAGACAGAGAGGCCAAAAUCUACCACGAGUUCUUCUGCUCGAGGUACCAUCAUUCAUUCACAGCAGUGGAUGCAUCUCUGGGGCCGCUGGUUCUCUCUGUGUGUUUGGAGGAAGAGGAGAAUAAGCUACGGGUGAUACUAAGAAUGAAGGAGUGCUCUUUGCAUGGGGUUUUCUCCGUGUCUCUCUUCCCUAACAUCCCAUCUGCUGUUGAAUUAGCAAAGAUGCUCUGUGACAGAGUGACUGUCUCAAAGUUUGAAGUGGUCAGCUACCUCAAGGCUCCAGAACUCAUAACUGCAUUUGAUGAACACAGAGUGUCUCCUAAUUUCAAGUUUGGCGUUUUGUACCAAAAGGAUGGGCAGUUCACCGAGGAGGACAUACUCAGUAACAACGACGAAAGCGAAGAGUUUAAAGAGUUCCUGUCCGUUUUGGGAGAAACAAUUCAGCUGCAAGGCUUCACCGGGUUCAGGGGUGGACUGGAUGUGUGUCAUGGUCAGACAGGAAGUGAAGCAGUCUUCACUUCCUUUCAUGGAAGAGAAAUCAUCUUCCAUGUCGCAACUAAACUGCCUUUCACAGAGGGGGACCAACAGCAGUUACAAAGAAAAAGACACAUUGGUAAUGACAUUGUAGCUUUGGUCUACCAGGAGGGCCAGACCCCUUUUCUAUCUGAUGUUAUCAAGUCUCACUUUCUGCACUGUUUCGUGGUGGUGCGGAGGAUUCAGAGAGGGGAGGAGGCAGGUGGAGCUGCGUACCAGGUGUGUGUCACAGCCAGAGAGGAUGUUCCUCCUUUUGGUCCAGUCAUCCCACAUCCUCCCGUCUUCACAGAUCGCUCUGUCUUGAGAGAAUUCCUUCUGACCAAGCUCAUCAAUGCAGAGAUUUCCUGCUAUAAGGCGGUGCGCUUCAGCAAAUUAGAGCUCCGGACUCGUUCGUCGCUCUUAGAGAGCUUGCAGGCUGAACUCUCCACUCGUUCCCAGUGCAUGAUGGGGGAUCCAUCACUCUCUGCUUUCCCCUCUUCUGAGGGUGUACGGGGGGCAUCUGAGGGGAGCGGAGGAUUCAUUGAAAAUUUUAAGAGAGCCAUCAGAGUCCGGAGCCAUUCUUUUGAGACUCUCGGAGUACCCAGGAAGACAGGUAGCAGUGCAUCACAGAAGCCAAAGACAGAGAAAGAUGGAGAGAGUGAUAAAUCUCCAGGAUCUCUGCCUGCUCCCGCUGACAGUUUGGGACCAGCUGAAGUCAAAGAUCAAGCGAGUCCUCAAGAGGAGACAUAGAAAUAAAUAUCCAUUUGUAGAUUUUAGACACAAAUGCACAUAUAGACAUUGCUAGCCUAUAUGGUUAUUAUUUUAUUAUCCAGGUGGAUAAUAAAAUAAUAAUAUAAUAAUGUAAAUAGAUUCUAAAAGUAAAUAGUAUUUCUGAGAAUAUAUAUUUUACCGUCAUAGCAGUGAUAUUCUAGAUGAAUAAAUUGUAUUUCAGUGAAAUGUACGACAUGUGAAAUUGCAGAGAAUAAUUUAAAGAAAGCAAUGAGUUCACUGCUCUUGUUAUUUAAUGUGAAAAUGUUACUUGUGUGUAAAUAAUCAGGAAAUCAGUUGUGUGAUAAUGUUGGAUAUACAUACCGAUGAUGGAGACAUAGUUUGGGAACAGCAGCAGAAAUUAUAUUAAAAAGAUGGGUUUAACGGUACGCUCAAAAAAGUGCUGGGUUGUUUCUGUAAACACAUUGUGGGGUUGAUGAUGCUGGUUCAUAAAUCUGGGUUGUUUUGGGUCCUAUGAACACACUGCUGGGUUGCUCAUGCUGUGUCAAAGGGGUUUUACCUCGAUAUUGUAGUGAAUUGUAAUGUAUCAGCUAAGAUCACUGACAUUUGAUCACAUUACAUUGACUUUUGAAUCA